AUGAAGCAGGGUAAGCUUACUGUGAUUGUAAAGGAGCUUUCCACAGGUUAUGUUCAUCCUAAAACCACCAUCAUACUCUCUUUGUGCGUGGCAUUGUUUCUUUUCGUUCUUGGUAUGUUCAUUAUCGUUCACACUACAAAGUUCUUAAGCUCAGAGUACUACUCCAUCCCUCAGCUGAAGACAUACUCCCCACUAAGUCCUAACUGCACUUGCCAUGCACAAAGUCACUGCAUCUUUUCUGUGUCUCCACAGUUACUCCCUAUCAGUACUCUUCCAAAUCUGAGUGAUUACAUAGCCCCCAAAGAGCUAUGGCAUUCCAUGAGUGAUCAGGAGCUGCUAUGGCGAGCCUCUAUGGCGCCGCAGGUCACCGAAUACCCUUACAAUCGAACACCAAAGGUUGCAUUCAUGUUCCUAACAAAGGGGAAACUUCCAUUGGCGCCUCUUUGGGAAAGGUUUUUCAGGGGACAUGAAGGCUUCUACUCAGUUUAUCUUCAUGCAGCACCAGACUUUAAGAACGAGCCACCCGAAUCCUCAGUGUUCUACAAACGAAUGAUACCAAGCAAGGCAGUUGAAUGGGGAAAGGUCACAAUGGUUGAAGCAGAGAGGCGACUAUUAGCAAAUGCCUUGCUUGACUUCUCAAAUGAAAGAUUUGUACUGCUCUCUGAAUCAUGCAUACCUCUUUUCAACUUCACCACAGUCUAUGACUACCUCACCAACUCCAAAUACAGUUUCAUCAGCUCAUUCGACGACCCGAGAGGCACCGGCCGGGGGCGCUACAACAGACGAAUGUGGCCAACCGUAACAUUGUCCGAUUGGCGCAAGGGCUCACAAUGGUUUGAGGUUCACAGAAACCUUGCCCUAAAGAUAGUAUCAGAUGUAACCUACUUCCCUAUAUUCAGGGACCUCUGCCAACCUCCUUGCUACAACGAUGAGCACUAUUUGGCAACUCUGGUGACUAAAGUUGGCCCCGGCGUGAACUCAAAUAGAAGCAUUACCUGGGCUGAUUGGUCCAUAGGAGGCCCGCACCCUGCAACAUAUGAGAGGCGAGAUGUGAAUGAAAUGUUUCUAAAUCAGUUGAGACAUGGGUUUAAUUGUACCUACAAUGGUGGCAUUAGUAACAUUUGCCACCUCUUUGCUAGGAAAUUCCAUCCUAGUGCACUUGAGCCUCUGCUAAAAAUUGCUCCGGCUCUCUUCAAAUUUAACACCGAUAAUACUACCACCAGUAAAUAACAUCAACAUGAUUUGCAUCACCGUUUUUGUUACAUCCAAGGGUUCCAACUUCUUACUUGUCAUAAUGUCAAGUUGUUAACUCAUUCCCUUCAGUGUUUUGGGAACAAAAAUUCGAACUCCCUUUACUUAGGCCCCAGUUUGUGAUUGGCAGCAGCUGCUUUUGAGACUGCUUCUGCUUUCGGGUAUAGAGCUAACGAUUUUCGGAAAUGAUUUCUUUCACAGCACAGCAAUCUCAAAUUGCGCCUUAGUCUGAUCCUAA